CCCGGUGAGCACUUCCGGUGGCGUUUCCUGUCAGUGUUUAUAAACUGAGAAAAAAAAAUUGGAAGUGCGACAAGAAAUAAUAAUCUACAGAACUCUUAAAAUCGAAAGGCUGGGUUGCUGGGCUGCGAGGCGGUGCUGUCCAGCAUGGCCCUAAUGCAAGCCAACAACAUCCCUGGCCAGAAGAGGAUGAUGUCACCCUUGGGUCAAGGGCAACGGGCCAGUCCAGAGAGCCACCAAACCCACUCGCAGCACAGCCACAACCACCAUGGACACCAGGUUCACCAUGGACAAGCCCACCACAGCCACAUGGGCCAUCCCUCAGGCGGGUCCUGUCCACCCCUGCUGAUCCGAAAAGACGGGGAUUAUCAUUCAUCAAGAAUGAUGGACGGAAAGGACAUGCAGGCAAAUCAGAACAUGCAACCCAAGAAGAAGCACAAAAAGUCAGGGUCAUCCAACAAAGUUAAAGAGAAAGUAGAGUUACUUCCACCAAUCAGUAUGGAUGAUGACAGUUCCUUGAAAGUUCAGAAGAACUUCAUCUGUGACCACUGCUACGGAGCUUUCCGGAGUAGCUACCACCUCAAGCGACAUAUACUUACACAUACAGGAGAAAAGCCAUUUGCUUGUGACGCGUGUGAUAUGCGCUUCAUUCAGCGUUACCACCUGGACAGACAUAAGAGGGUCCACAGCGGAGAGAAGCCGUACCAGUGUGAUCGCUGCCAUCAGAACUUCUCACGGACAGACAGGCUGCUGAGACACCGACGGCUAUGUACAGUUGGGAUCAGCAAAGAAGAAAACCAGUACUCACAAGAUGCAUCUGCCCAUCCAGCUUCAUGGAGCCCCCUACAGCCUUCCAACAACCGCCUGACCGUCUGACCCACCACUUCCCACUGAAACCCACAGAGACCCUACAGACAACAGCAGUCGUCACACAUUGGAGCUCAACAGUGCUGUCACUUAAACAGCCUAGCUUAAACACAACUUUAGUUUGCUUGCGCCAGCUCAUUCGUAGAGCUUGAUAGUGGAUUUUUGUACUUUUUUUAUCUACUGUUACAUUCAUGGGACAGGCAAAAGGGGAAGGAUGAAUACACGACCCUGGACAACAGGUAUUCUGGCAAUAAUUGAAUGAAACACACACAGUUCUGGUAUCUUUUGGUAUUGCUGUGAAGGGAUUGACUGGUUGAUCUGCAAUCAACCCCAGUGCUGCCCUCUACAACAUACGGACAGUUCACAAACGGACACACAUACUGUGUAGCUUUUUAGUGUUCAAGUCCUACUCAAUUUGUGUUCCUAAUUCUACUUACCAUGUACCAGCUACAGCUCCUAAGCGAAAGCUCACAGCAGACUUGUGGUCCAUGCUGUCGUGAGGUUGUGAUUAGCCACCUAUCCAAAGCUGUAGGCGCAACACAUCUGAAAUCACAUUUAAUGGACUUUUUGAUAACACUGACCUAAACAUGAAAGGGGAUUAUUACAGAGUGAAAUGCAAACUAGUCAUUCAUUUUUAUCUAAUGUACAUGAAAGCCCUUUUCCAACACACAAGUCUUAAAACGGAUCUAAAAUAAUUUUUUACCUGCUGUUCAUUCAGCUGUAAAACUGAAAAAAUAACUACAGUUGCAACCCUGUUGUUGAUACCUGAUAACAGCUUUAAAAACACUAAAGGUUAAGUCGAUGCUCCUGAAAGGUAAAAUUUUCAAAUAAUCUUGGUAUUAGUUAAGUUAUGGAGCAACAGGUGGCUCACAUAUUCACUGUUCUACCUUGUUUUAAAGGGGGUUCGUCCUGAAUGUUAAUAGGUUACGCUGUUAAAAUACAGUAGAAGGCUGAUUUUGUAGGAACAGUCCAGAUUUUUUUUAUGUUCUUGAAUGAAGUUAGUGAGCUUUUUUUAUAAUAACUGGAUGUAGGAACCAUCUGUCUGUACCAAAAAUAGGUGUUUCCUAAAAUGCUUCUGUAAUAACCCCCUCAAUAUAAAUUCAUCGUGCUUACUGUCUGUUAGUCUUUUUUUCUUCCUGCUUCUGCAUUCAUAGAUUCUUCUGACUUUGAAAGACUUGCGUCCUUUCAAAGUAUUUUACUUAGUCAGGCAUCUGAAAUCCUGAGGUUUACCUGUGAAAUCUUGUCAAAACAGGUGGACAGUUGCACACAAUUGGAUAAAAACUAGUCCCAUGUCUAAAUUUGUCACUGAAGGUACUGGGGACAUUUUUAUUAUUGCCAACUAGUUUGAUUCAGUGUUCAUGAUAAUGGCCCAGAUCAUUUCAAACAGUUGGAACUAUAAUUAGGCUCACCUCUGUCUUGACCUGUCUGAAUGUGAUCUGAAUACAGUGCCAUGUCAUUUCAUCUCUUGUUUAACCUUGAGCAUCUUCAGUGAAGGUGACUAACUGUACGCAGUGGACAUGGCAUAAUAGGGUCCACAUGGUGUUUUGUAUGAUGAUGACCUACAUUAUAUUUUGUUUAGGCCUCUGUACGAGUAAACCGGACUAAACACUGGACUGAAGAUGUUAGCUCAAUUGUAGAGGUUUGUAUUGUAGACUGGUACUUCUGUUGCUGUCAUACUUAUAGAUUAUGUGAAAGACGUUUGGGGCCCAUCACUGACGUCUUAUGAAGUUAAUAUAUAUUUAAAUUGUAGUAGGGGUAGAAAAUAGUAUGUAUGGGACCUACACUCCAGAAGAAAAUCAAAGUAUUUACAAAGUUAUAAUCCUUAGUCUGAUGAUUUCUUACGAUAACUGAAAAGUCAACGACAAGUCAUCCUUUAACUUGCUGGAGUAAAGUAAAAGCUGACACUCUUUCCCUUUUAGUAUUUUUUUGCAUGUAUUUGUUGGAGGAUCUUGUAUACAUUUUGUUUUGGUAAAGAGAUUUUUUUUUUGUCAUUUCAGGGGUGAAAUGAAAUCAAUUUUGACUCCCUCAAUCAUACUGUAGUGUGGACUUUGUAAUGGAGUUUUAGGGCCCCAAGUCUCAAUAAAGCUGUUACACUUUUUA